AGCCACAUAUAUAUCGUCUUUCUCAAACUACCAAUACUUUACUCUAAUCAAACACUAUAUCAAUCAAUGACCAAUAAUGGCACCGAAAGGAGUCCCACAUCGCUCAGUUUGGGCUUCUCCCCUCAACAGCAUAACCAUAUAUAAACUGCACUACAGCCAUGUUCCAGGUUUGAUGGACAAAAUGGAUGAUGAGUCAUGGCAAAGAUGGGUUUCAAUUUUGGAGGAAAGUGAUUGGCAUAUUCUAAGUGAUUUUGACAUGAACUCUGUUGGAGAAGAAUUUAACGGAGACAGUUCAAUGGUUCCUGCAGAAGAGUCAUGCAAAAAAAGCAAUUUUUCAUCUUUGGAAGAGAACAUGCCAAGUCUCACACAACAUGCUUCUCCUCAGAAACCAAAGUCUUGUGUUCUGUCGUUUGAGGAUUCCACUUCAAAGAAAACAACAUGCAAACAUGUUGGUGACAACUCAAAGCAGCAGACAGAAGAAAAAAGCAGAAAACCCCUCAAGAGGGAAAGAAACUCUUCUCAGACACUUGAUCACAUAAUGGCUGAGAGAAAAAGGAGAGAGAAUAUCACCAAAAUGUUCAUCGCUCUUUCUGCCCUUAUUCCUGGCUUGAAAAAGACGGACAAGGUUUCUGUUCUUACCAAGGCUAUAGAAUACGUGAAGUGUCUUGAGCAGCGUGUGAAAGAUUUGGAGAAAGAGAAAGAGAAGAGGAAGAUAGAAUCAGAAGGGUGCAUGAAAGUGAGGAAAAGCAACAUGGUUGGUUAUGAGUUUUCAUAUGAAGGUGGUGAUGAUGAUGAUAAAGCAACGAAGAAAUGUUGGAAGGUUGAAGCAAGAGUAGCAGGAAAAGAUGUGCUGAUCAGAGUAACGUGUGAGAUGAAAAGGAACAUUGUGCAGAAUGUAAUGGCGAAGCUUCAAGCUCAUAAUCUUUCUGUUGUUUGCAGCAAUGUUUUGCCUUUUGGGAAUUCUGCUCUCACCAUUACCAGCAUUGCUGAGAUGAACCCUAAAGUCACCAUGAAAGUGGACAACUUAGUGAAAACGUUGACAGAAGAUUUGUCCAAGUGCUGUAACCUGCAAUAAUAAAUAAUGAGCCAAACUUAAAAAUGCAUUAUCAGCAGUUUCCAAACGACACUUUUUGCAUUUUAUCAAUCAUUUUAAGAAAGAAAUAGUGUUGCUAUGCAUGAUA